UCUUGCUACCCUUUUUCACCUUAUAGCCACUGUUUAGAGAGAGAGAGAGAGAGAGAGAGAGAGAGAGGUAUAGGCUCUAGUGUUUGUUUGUUUGGUUUGGUUUGGUUUGGUUUUUUCUUAUAUACAGGUUCGGUGGAGACUCGCCUGCUUCACUGUUGGAACGGCAACAAAAGCGUUUGGGACUGGAGUUUGGAAUCUAUAAAGUUUGAAACUUAGGAAGUCUGAUUUUUGCAAUGGAGGUGUGUGGCAAAUCCACGGUGGUAGCAGGGCCUGCAAACGUUAUUUUUCUGUCAACUAUACUAGGCCGAGAUGGGCCGACUGCUGUUCACAAAUGCGACUGGAAAUGUGAAAAUGAGCGUGUUUGUGGAAAUAUGUACCGCUGCAAACUAACAGGACUGACUCACAUAUGUGACAAAAACUGUAACCAGAGAAUUCUAUAUGAUAACCAUAGCUCCCUUUGCAGAGCUAGCGGGCAAAUUUUCCCCCUUACACCAGUGGAGGAACAGGCUGUGAGAGGCAUCCGGAGGAAGCUUGAGCCAGAGAAUUCCCCUACUGAUGGCUAUGCCUGUAAGCGCAGACGGGAUGCACAGCUUCAUCCUUCUCCUUUUGAGAGGUCCUUCUCAGCUGUCAGUCCUAUCUGCAGCCAAGUUGGAGAUGGCAUGGAUAUGAGCUAGAUCUAUUAUAUAACUGAAAAGACAAGUAUCAAUUUUCUUAAUCAUGUUCCUUUGAAUUUUUCCCUUUCUUUUUUCUCUGGAACGAUUAUGGAGAAUAAUAGAACUUAAUUCUCUUAACUAAAUGGUGGACCAGAUGUGUCCUUCCUGUCUGUAGGAACUCUAUAUAUUUCUAAUCUCAUUUACUGCAAUUUAGCUCUUUCUUAAACAGGCUCUGUUACUUGUUUAUGAAACUUGAAUUGAAUUCUGUUUCUUUCUCAGCUGGUCUGAGAUUUGAACUAUGAUAGUUACAGGGUACUUUUAGGUGACUUGAACCAUGAUUUUGAUUCAACUUUACAGUGUUGAUUGUAGUGGUGUACUUAAUUUUGAUAUUUUCCCUCCCUUUCUGUGAUCAUUUUGGUGAAUUUGCAAAUUGUAUUGUAUAAAGGCAAUUUAUGUGGUCAUAUCAUUUGUAUUGUAUUCGCCUAUGUAUGGUGACCCUUGAUGGUUAAUCGGUUCUUUUAUACUGCUGAGCUGUACAGCACAGGUUUUUCCAGAUUCUUCAUAUUAAUGACAUUUUUUUAUUGUUGUCUGACAUAAUCUUAACUUGGUUAUAUGGCAGGUUUAAAAGGAAUGAUCCGGCUUUACUCCUGUAUAUUAUUUUCAUCUUUUUAUUACUUUUUUCCUUUCCUCAGUUUGAGCUGACAUGAAUUUCUGAAGUAAUUUUUAGUUUUGCAGGUUUCAAGUCCACUAUACAUAAGAGUUUGAAAAUGCCUGUUGUUUUUAUGAAUCAAUUUUAUCUGUUUUACAAUUUCUCCAACUGGUAAUAAGAAUUUCUGAUAUAUGAUUUUAUUUCUUUCCUAUGUAGGUGUCCUUUUCAUGGAGAUAAAGCUCUUUUCUUGGUGGAGACGGGGGAUGCAUUUGAUGAUGCUGGUGAACUGAAGAACAGUAUCCUUCCUGUUCAUUUCAAACUUGUGGGUUGUUCGAGGGACUAUAUAAUAGAAACAUAGGUCAGCCUGCUGAAUUUAAUCUAAAAUAAUAUUGCUAAUGGCGUGUAGCAAUAUGGAAGAAUUCCCAGUGAUUAACAAUUCCCUUAGUCAUGCUCUUUGUACAUCCUUGUUAGGGAAGAAAAAUCAGAAGACCUUAUGCUCAUCUAUCCAUAAACUUGUUUUUUUUUGUGAUAUCAUCCUUUUUGAUGGUUAGUUUUCUCCUGGUUUGCUGACUAUUGUAAGCCAUACUUAGUGGUAACUUUGACAAGCUACAGCCUUUGUUGUAUCUUUUCUUUGGAUUAUGUGGGAUCAAGGAUGUAUUUUGUCAUUACCUUACCCAUCUAUGGUCACCGGUAUGACCAUGGCUCCAACAAAACGGGUUUGAUCUAGCCCAAGUAUAUUCUCUGAUAAUUGUUGAGGUUUACAUCCUGUCCUAUCCUUCAUCCUCCUGGUUAGCCACAACCUCUAGUAUGGCAGAUCAGAAGGCUAUUGUGGUAGGAAGUCCUCUGCUCAGGAACUAUAUGAUUUGUUGAUCAAAUUGCUGGUAUGGAUAAAUUUUGUGGCUGACUUUUCUUGAAGUUUUAUUGGGAGUUGGCUGGCAAAGGGAGGUCUUUAUAGCUGAUAAGCUUAAGAGAAAACAAUUGUUAAUGGAAGCAUUGGAACCUUGUGAACCGGGCUGAAGGCAAUUUUAAUUUCCAACCAGCGGUAUCUACCAUGGUAUUUGGUCCCUAAGCUAUUUCUGUUUAAGCCCUGUUAAAUCUACAGCUACUUGCCUGUAAGAUAUCACAAGGCCUAAAAUGGUGGAAAAGUGCUUCCCUGUUUGUAAAUUUUGUUCAAUUUUUGUAGGAAAUAGCAAAUCCUUACUUGUCCAAAGAUUGUUCUGUAAAAUUGUGUUUUAGACAGUUUUGUUUGCAUCAAAUUAGUUUGUUAAUUUCUA